CUCAUUUGUUGUUACGGAAAAAGAGGGCGUUCCUGGCACGAAGUAACCGAGCGAAGGGGCUGGUAAUGGUUUCCUCUGGAUUUGGAAAGAGACCGUGAAAGGAAGUCAUUGGCGAUCGAUUGUUGUUGUUAUUGUUUUUUUUCCUCUUUCCACAAACACUCCACAUCAUAUCAUCACCAGUAUGUGGUACCAGGAACAAAAUGUGCUCUCGUCCAAAAAGACGACAGGAUCCAUACCCACUUAAGGGGCGUGAGGUAGGGGAAGACAUGACACAUUGUGGCUAACCUAGCUCUCUAUUUUUUCGGAAAAGAAUGCAUCGGCGUUGCACGUGCCCCUUUCUGCUUGUAUGAUUUGCAGCACAGUUAGCGUAAGAUUCGUCACAUUGGGGCCCAAAUAUGUUAUUUUUCUCCGAGAGAGUGAAAGCUAACGGUCAGUAUGUGAACCCCAAUGUCGCUGCUGCAAUGCUCCCCUGAAAAGGCUAUCGGUCGGCGGACAAUGAUGGUGGCUGUUGGGAGGUCUUCGCUCUGCCACGAUCGCUGUUCUGCCAUCGAAGGAAAAUCGCUCAGAAAGUGAAUCGCUGAGCAGUUUGUUUGCAGCAUUUCCAAGCCGUACAGUCGAGCUCAGAUGAUUGGAUUGCAUUGCAAGGCAUUGGCCUGCGUGUUAUUGUGGACAAUGCACAGCGCCACACACGCACUGUUUUGAUAUGUAAUUACUUGUUGAAUUGCGUUGAAAUGCCUUUCAAUGACAUUUGUGUACGAAGGUAGCGGUGCCUACUCAACUUAUUUGCCGAUCCGUUUAGGCCCAGGAAGAGCAUGGAACACCACUUUCACCAUGAUAUGUCUGUCACGUAUGUGACUUCAAAGAAGAAGAUCCCUAGGCCUCAGUUCAAGCCCAACACUCAAGCUCCCCUAAGGACCUUCGACAGAGACUUUGAAUCAGGUGGGGUAAGACCGUCCAAGACUGAAGGAGUGUGUCCUCAUAAUUGUCCCAAUUCGAAGACUUACGGGAGAAAAAAGUACCACGAUCUGCAGCCCGCGUACAUGAGCCCUGCGCACAGACAGGCCAGCCAGAGCCACCACCAGCAGAGUCAUAACCUCAGCGAGAGCCACCACCACAACCACAGCCAGAGCCACCACCAGCAGAGUCAUAACCUCAGCCUGGGCCACCACCACAGCCAGGGUCUCAACCCCAGCCAAGGUCUCCACCACACCCACACCCACACCCAGGGUCUCCACCAGUGCGAGUGCCCGUACCCAUCCCCAUCACCGUCCACCUCUUCCUCCUCCUGCUCCUGCUGCUCCGUGAUCCCUCCUCCUCCUCCUCCUCCUCCCACCAACAUGAUGAACGGGGCGGACGAGGCACACAUGGCCCCGAUGCCCUCCAUGCCGUCGAUGCCGUCGAUGCCCUCCAUGCCAGCCAUGCCUGCCAUGCCAUCCAUGUCCAACUACGGGCACCUGGGCUACCGCAUGCCAGGCCGAGAGCCCUGCUGCCACCAGAUGGAGAAUAUGAGGGCCUCAGAGAGUUCUUUUGUAGGGUAUGGGAUGAAGAGGAAACAGCCCAUGGAGUCCCCGAUAACCAGCCUUCCCGGAGUGAUCAGGGAGUCAGUUCUAGUGGUGGAGCGCACAGACAGCCAUGGUCAGCUUAUUUUGCCGCCCGAACAACAAAUGCCCAAGAUCUUCACCACCAAAAAAGAACCGCCAGUAUAUCCCCCAGGAAGCCAAGAGGAGCGGUGGCAGCUGCAGAUCCUGGCCAAGGGGAGAGUGACCUGCCCCAAGUGCAAGUCAGUUAGCCGCAAGACGGUGGAGGGGCUGAAGAAGCACAUGGAGAACUGCAACCUGAACCCCUAUACGUGCCCCCACUGUGGGAAACAGCUCAAGUCCUCCACGGGCAUGAAGUACCACCUCAUGGCCGACCACAACAACCUGCAACAAUUGCAGGAGGCGCUGGACGAACCUGCUCUGAAAGAGAAACUCAGAAAGAUACUGAAAAGAAUGGGCAAGCUCAAAUGCACCAAAGAGGGCUGUACUGGCAGCUUCACCAGUAUCAUGGGCUACAUGUACCACACCAAGAAGUGUGGCAAAGAGUUGUCGGAGCUGGAGGAGUAUGUGCUGAACUGCAAGGAGUGCGGCAAACCCUACCGCUCCAGGGCAGGCCUGGAGUACCACAUGAAGUCCGAGCACGCCCCUAUCCCCCAGAAGUCGGACGAGGAGGAGACGGCGUCUGUCCACGAGCCGAGCCCCGAGAGGACCCCUAGUGGCCGGGUGAAGCGCGCGUCGGCCCAAGUGGCCGAGCUCCAGCUGAACGAGAUUGCCCGCGACGAGAUGAAGGAGUGGCCCAAGAGGAAGUUCCAGUGGGACCUGGUGCCCGACGAUAAGAAGCUCAAGUAUGCCCGUCCUGGACUGCCCGCCUUCAGCCAGGAGGUUCUGCGCAAGUGGAAGAACGAAGUCAAACUUCAGAGAAAAGUGCAGUGCCCCAAUCCCGGUUGUGGUGCGGUCUACACCAGUGUGUCUGGACUGAAGGCUCAUCUUGGUCUCUGUACAAUGGGAGAGUUUGAAGCUGGUAAAUACAGAUGUCUGAUAUGCCGUAAGGAGUUUAACUCAGAAAGCGGUGUGAAGUAUCAUAUCAACUCCGUCCACUCACAGGAGUGGUUCGUGGUCAACAAGAAGCACUCCAAGAACUUCAACCGGCUGCUGCGCAACAAGCCCAUCCUGGUGACGCCGGUGCCGCCCACGGACGCCAACCCGCUGCACUUCACCCCAGGCAUGGGCUCCUGGCAGGAGCUGGCCGCGUGCCAGGUGGGCACCUCCUCCUCCUCGCCCUCCACCUCCUGCUGCCACCACGGCAACGCCUCCACCUCCUCCUCCUCCGUCAUCAUGGCCAACCCCGGAGCCAUGGAGAACGAGGGCGGCGACGGCAGGAGGAAGGACGACGGUGCGAAGGAGAGGGAUGGGAGCGAACACGGGCACCACCACCACCACCACCACCACCAUGGGCACGGCCACGGCCACGGCCACGGUCACGGUCACCACGGGCACAGGGAUCAAGGGCACAACAGCCAAGGCCACAGCCACGGGCACAGCCACAGCCAUAGCCAUGGUCACAGUCACGGUGGGCACACCCAUGGGCACGGCGGCGGGCACAGCCACGCCGGCCACAACCACGGCGGCAGCAGCCAUGGACACGGGCACUCUCACGGGCACGUCCAGGGGAAGAACUGCUACGUGUUCGACGGCGGGCACAGCAGCACCAGCGGCGGCGGUGGCAGCUCCAGCAGCGAGUGUGACAUGGAGUAUGCGGCGGCCGUUGCCGCGGCAACAGCAGUGGCCCAGGCCCAGGUGGCACAACAGGUGGCCCAGGUGGCGCAGGUGACCCAGGCGGCAGCGGGACACGACGCGUGGGGGGCCCUGAAGAGGCCCCCGCCCCCCAUGACCAUCGACCCCCACCACAUGAUGUGCCCUCCUCCGCCGCCCCUCUUCGCGGCGCCCCUGCUCCCUCCGCCUCUAGCUAAGCACCCCAGGGGCAACCCCUAACAGCGCUCCCUCCCUUUACUUUCACUCAACCGGAGGUGGAGAAGACUGGGCUGACUGACAGAGUGAAAGCCCUGCGUACUGUAGGUUGACCUUCUGCCUAUGCUCUCAACGCAGAUGAUGUCACCAAUGACCUCAUCACCCUGGCUUAUACAUGGGUUCUCAUUUUUUGUUUUCCCCUGGCUGCGCACAAUUCAACCUCUGAUUGUUGGAAACUGCUGUCGGUCAAAGAAUUAGCUCACGUGGUUGGCUGCCAGUGUCUUGCCCCUCCUCACCACAUCGUGUUUACAAACACGGCGAACCCAUGUAUAGGGAUGUGGUCAUUAGGAUCAGCUGCUGCAUUGAAUAGGCUGGAGCAACAAUGCGGCUGGCAUUUUACUUUCUGCACCUGGGUUUCUCCACCUCUUGUCACUUAGCUACCUGCCAUUGUACCCCUCUCCCAUCUAUGGUGGGUUGUUGUUGCUACCCACCAGGCCCCCUAAACUCAACAUCCAUCCGCGAUCUAGAUUCUCGUUUAAAAAAAAACAAAAAAACAACAACAUUGACUUUGUAACAAUAUGUGUGUCCAGCAUUGAGAGUACUACAAGUAGUAUAAAGCUACCAGUGAAUUGUCAUCCACCAAGCGUUAACUGUGUUUACUUUCAACACCAUGUGACUUUUCUUGCCAUCCGUGUGCUAGUGCUUUUUGUUUUUCUUCUUUUUUGUAUUCUUCUUUUUCUUGUCUUUCAAUUGACUGUUGAUGAUGAUGACGACACCAGACAUUGACCCAAAAGGGAACACAAAGGAUGGGGCUGUUCGCCAAACUGGUGAAGGGGUGCCUAAGGCACUUGCCCUUACCUGUGUGUGUGUGUGUUCGCGUGUGUGUGCGUGCGCAUGCGUGUGUGCGCGUGUGUGCGGCUGGGCGUGCGUGCGUGUGUGUCCGUGUCAGUGUGCGCGUGUGUGUGUGUGCGCGUGUGUGUGUUUUAAGCACCAUAUAAACUCCUUGUAGACUUUUGCUCACUAUGUAUGUUUAACCAGCUGCAUGUGAUGACGUAAACCCCUUCUUGUACAGGAUGCUCCCUCCGCUCCUCUCCUCCACCCUCCACGCUACCCCAACCCUUCGCACAGUAAGGACGUUCAGCACUACUGUGCAAAACCAACAAGUUGUUUUUAAACCAAGAGGUGGGCGGAAAGAUGCUUUUUUUGUAUAGAUAACAUAAGCAGUUGUGUUCUGCACAAGAGAGGAGUUAAGACUCUGUGACUGUUGGCGCUGUGUGUGCGUGUGUCCUGUCCGUAUGUAGGCAUUUUGUUAAGAAGUGCCGUUUGAGAGGUUUCAUUCACGAUGGGCUUUGCAUGGGUCGGCCUCUCCUCUCUCUCUGUGAAUGCCACUGCAAUGAGACGGAAUACAGUGCUGUCGCACAGCGAUGAAAACACUACAAUUUGUCAUUUGUAAUAUUUUCGAACACAGAGGACCAAAAAAAAAAAAAGAUUUUUUUUGACACAUUUGCUGAGCAGUAGUAAGGAGCCGUUUCCACGUAGCAAGAUAUUUUAAAAUGUGGAUAAUUUUUGCUCCUGGUUACAUUGGGUUUUGCCUUCCGUUUCCACAUAAGCAGAUUUUUAAAACUCACACAUCAAAAAUCCUGCUUUAAAAAUAUCCCAGUUAGGGGGCUAAAAUGCACCUGUUAUAAUGGAGUUUUUAUUUUUAUCACCAUGUUUCGUUUCCACCUACACAGGAGAAAAAAAAACCCACAUUUAAAAGUAUCCUGCCACGUGGAAACGGCACCUAAGUUCGAUUAAUGCUCUGUGACCAUAGGCUACUGUCCUGCAAGUGGUUUAAGGAAUGCAUGCAUUUGAACCUGUCCAGGGAGGAUGCCCACCCCACUGUGCUUUGUAAAUUUAUCCCCCAAUAUGCCUUGUUUUGUCUGCAGAGUAAACAGUAGAGGAGAGUUGCUUUAAAGUUAACGUACUGUUAUUUUUUUUCUUUUCUUAGGUUAUCGUCAGCUUAACACCGUAACCUCAUGGUAUAUAAUUUAGUACAGAUGGUUUUGGAGUGAUUUCCUUGCCUUGUAACAAGCUGUAUUUAUAAUAAUGAAAGUAUAUUGUUAGAUUAGACAACUUGUAUACUACUUGUGUUUUUUAUUUUGUUUAGAGCAUAUGUAUCCUUUUUUUCCCAACAACACUAGGAAAAUGUACUUUCAACAUGUGUAAUAAAAGAAUUGUGUAUUGGUAACAGA